AGGGUGGGGGUGUUACAUGUUUUCAUCGAGCAAUCAAGCCUCGGUAUUACUACUAUUCUACAGUAGGCCAGAGGCUACCGCAGCGCUUUUCGACCCGACUAGUAUACGGAAAAUGUUCCGUGGUACAUUUGCAUUUUUACCAAUUUUUUUUCCUUUUCUCAUUUCGCAAGCGGAUUUAGCAUUGUGCGUAUUAUUAGCGAAGCUUAGUCGAUGCGCCGGUGUUGGUUUCGACUUUUUUUUUCUUCUUAUUCUUUUACGGAUCGCGGCAAAUCAGCAUGGGAAAGGGCGUUUUUGUUUGUGUGUGUGCCGACGCAUUUUGACGGUCAAGCGCUGACCGCUUCUUCUUUGUUAACAUUU